ACAAUAACUAAAAAUAUAACACAAAGGCCUACCUACUGAACUUUUAGACCAGCUACCCACAAGGUGGGAGCGACUAGGGGAUAUUAUUGUGCUUCCAAUGACAUCCUUCAAGGAUCCAGCAUGGGAUUCAGUUGGAGCUGAGCUUUGGCCUAUUGUUGCCAAAUCACUUGGUGCCCAGAGACUUGCUCGGCAGGGCCGAGUUGCUCCAACUGGAACUAGGGACAGUUCUUUGGAGAUUCUUGUGGGAGAUAAUGGCUGGGUUGACCAUUGGGAAAAUGGAAUUCUCUAUUCCUUUGAUUCAACCAAGUGCAUGUUCUCCUGGGGCAAUCUUUCUGAGAAGCUUAGGAUGGCCCGUCUUGACUGUAGAGAUGAAGUUAUUGUGGUAUUAGAUGUAUGUAUGUAUGUAUUAGGAGAUGGAAGUGAAACUGUAACAUAAGUAGUCACUUGUGAAUUUGAUCGUAGAAUUUUAAAAGUAAAACUUUGGCUCUCUUUAGGAAUAGAAUGUUAAGUCAGGAAAAUGGACUUCUACUCUAUUAUUGUCUUGGUCUUUAAUCUGCCUCAAGUCAAGCACUGUAGCAGAACUGGAGGGUGAGCAUGGCUGCCUUGUUGUUCUGUGAGCAUGGUGGUUGAUGCUGACAUGGUCCCAGGUGUGUUCUGCUGGUAUGUUUUUCUACUGGGUGUGGGUGUGCUCUGCUGGUAUGUUUUUUCUGCUGUGAUUCUGCUCUAGGAAUACCUUUGGGGGUGGGUGAGGGUAGCAAUGUGGAUCAAGU